AUGCGUCGCAAUACUAGCCAAGUAGACGAUUACACACUGUCUGAAUUCCAGGAGUUACUAACCGACUUACGUUUCACGUCGUUGAAAUCUGCCAAUCUCUCUACCAAUGUUGCUGUUGCUUUCCUAACUGGUAUCCCACAAGUGAAGCCGAAGGAGGUCACACUGGAUGAACAACAGUCGCCGAACGAUUCGGAAACUUAUCCAUACAGAACUCCAAACGAAAGUUAUCCACUCGAUCAGGAUCACAUUAUCGAACUCGAGGAGGAACGCCUCGAUCUUCAGUUGGCUGCAGAUGAAGGUGAGGCCACGCGACAGGCGCAUUGUUUGCGUGAAGCUCGUAAUCAAGCGCUGGAAUCUGAAGCUUUGUCCCUCCGUGCGCGAAUGUCUACUUGGUUUUCACGGGUUUCGCGCUGCAUACGGAGGUAUUGUGACCGGCGUUCAGAUAUGCUGAAAAGUUCCUCCAACCACACAAUUGGUAUGGAGGAGCGUGAAACUCAACAGCGUAGGAAAUUUUAUAUCAGCUAUGCUGAGCUUAUCAUUCCAAGUCAGGACACAUAUGACCCCAACUUCAUGAAGAUACCUAUGCUUUACGGCCUCAUGAAAUCUAAAUCAGGUGGCUCUAUGACCCUGAGUACUACAGAUCAUUUAGAUAGUUACGCAACUUUGGGUGCGGACCCGGCGAAUUUCACAGAACUCAAUGCUCGUUUCCGAGCGGCUAACGAGUGGUUGCACCCGUCACUAUCGCUUACCAAGUUGAGCCGUAUCAAGCUCACGUUGUUCAUGGCCCCUCGCAGUGUACCUCACCUGGACCCAUCUACUGUGUUUUCUGCAUGGAUUCUCUUUGAACGGUUGGUAAUAAAGGGCGUGGUUACUAAACAGAACCGAAAGCUAUAUGCUGCAACGUGUCUUAUACUUGCUUACAAGUUCAAUCAGGAUGGUGAGCACGUGGUGGUGAACGAUAUUUUGGGGUAUCUAUGCCGUGAUCGCACUAUAACUCCCCGGGCUAUUUUUGCUGUAGAAAUGCGUGUUUUCAGACAGCUCGAGUUUUCCUUGAAACAGAGCUACAGCGGAAUGCGAGGUCAUGUGCAGGACUACCUCGACUUUAACCAUAUAACUUUUAUGGACCUUUACGAGACAGCUGAGUCAACAUACUUGCAGCUGGAUACUCCCACACAAAGAACAUGA